AACUUAAAAGUAAACAGACAAAGAAAUAACCAUGUCGAAUCCUCCGAAAGGUAAUCCAUUAAGUGAGGCCACUGCUCCGUCUUACAAAUACUGCAAUGCCGCGGACUCCGUUGCAAUGCGCGCACCUCCUCCCACGUAUGAGGAGAGUCAGCGGAACAGUGGAGGCUUUGGGCAUCAAGCAUCAUACUCUUCGGCACCUGGACAAAAUCAGUAUUAUGGCAUGAUUAGUCAUAAUCAGCAGGUACCAUUCAAUACACAGCCGAGCCAGGGUAUGGGUGUGCCCGUUCAUCACGGCACUGGCUAUGGACUGGCAGGGCCGAGCACUUCAGCUGGAGCUGCAGCCGCACAGGUUCUUCAGUUGGAUUCCCGAGCUGAGGUCAGGACCACUCCAUCGGGCUCUGUAGUUAUUCCGCCGCCACCGCCUGGCUGCCUGCCAACACCAGCACAAUGGGCGGCCAUGCAGGGCCAGCCGGUGGUCCUGAAGCAAAAGAAGCGUUCCUUUUUUUGAAUAUCCAAAAACUAUUCACACGAAUGUAAUCUGAUGUUAAUCCUUAAUGUUACUUAAUAAACGAUGCGUAUUUCUCUU